CCUAUUGACUGCUGCCCCUAUCGCUGUUGCACAGCACGGCCACCGCUCGUGGUCGGUGAGAACGACGCAGGCUCACGGCGCUAGACACAACGACCUCAAACACCUGUUCCGUGGACAUCUAGCCCCCAGCCAUUAUCUAAGACUUGGCCCUCCUGACGUGCAUCGCUCAGCGACUCUGCCAGGAGCGUUGCGUCUGCAGGAAGCGGCACCCCUCUCGCAGCCCUCCAUCGCCCUCGCCCAGGCACGGCCUCGAUGUCAUGCAGACCAUGCCGCAGCUCGACCGAACGGGCUGCGGUGACUCCAUGAUGCGGCAGUGACAGCACACCUGGGCACGUACUUUGGGAAAUGCAUCAUCAAAAUGGCACUGGGGGCGUCAAUCCGCACGAGCCCUCGCUGUCGAGCCGUUGCCAGCAGCUGAAAUUUUUGCCAUUGGCCAAUAGCAGGCGGCAUCUGCAACGCCCACCAAGGCUGCCUGCUUUUGCGCGCAACCAAGCUGCCGAAAACUGGCAUAUUGAGGACCAUGAGCCGCUUGCUCAUGCACGUUCAUGCAGCAUCAGCCCACCACUCAGGGAACGACACAUGAUUCUCCGCCGCUGCGGCCUGUUCGAAAAGGGAAGCGGAGCAUCAAUACACGACUCUGACUCCUCAAUAGAUGGGCCAUUACGAAGGGAGACUGGAGCAUAUCUCCUCCCGCUCGCCUCCCGCUGCUGUCCCGCUGCGAAUGUUAAUAUAUCCUGGCAACCGUCAGCCAAGCUAAAGAUCACCUUCUAUCACCGACAUCGCUCCAGCCACUAUUGGCCAACCUGCCGAGGCCCUAUUCCAAGCCAAUGCAUUGCCCCCCCUAUAUCGCCAUAUGUGGCACCACAAAUGGGUUUUGCUCCUCCUACGAAGAACGGAUGUGCAAUGGCUAAGAGCCGCUGGCAAAUUGACGGUGUAUCGUGGCGAAUUCUACGCAUGAGAUCCAAAACAUCCACAGUAUGCUUCUUUACGGCGUUAUUCCCCCCAAAGUCAUUAUCGCCGGCCUUGAAACAAAGCAUGCUCCAGAUCAUCAGCGGUAGAGCGACUCCGAUAAUAGAAACGGCGAGCCACGCAAAGCCCUUCCGGACUUCACCGCUGUGGAGACCUAUCAUCUUCCGGAAACCGAAUCGCCAUUAUUCCCUCAACAGGACAGGGGACACAGCCUCACUGACGACAGAUUCGGUGCAAACGAAGGCUCCAGCGGCAGUUCACACGCUAGCUGCCCAACCCGGAUGCCCGAGUUGGCGAAGUACCGUUUGCGAGAUUGACGUGAGACAUCACCAUCUGUACUGUCAAAGUGCCCGUACGCUCGCAGUUAUGGCUGCCCAAACCCCACAGUCCGCAGGAGAGCGAGCAAACGGUGCUUCAUCGCUGUGACUGCAACGGGCUCAUUCGUCACUAUACUUUCUGUGAUCCAACGGCUACAAGUCGGAAAACGGCUACCAGAAGUUCGGGGGUUGUUUCCACAGUCUGCGCUCCGUAUACGUAUGCCGUACUUAGCGACGCAUACGGGCUUGCUUUCGAAAUUAAGAACAAGGAAUAUCGGUUAAGAUGCCAUGCUGCAGCCCGCUUGAAGUAGAGCCGCGCAAUAUUCUUCAACGCGGAGCACUGCAAGGCUUCAAACACUAUUCUGGUUGGUAGUCCAACUCCUCCGGUGGCUGCGCUGAGGGGACCCGUCACCGCCAUCUCGUCAUGAUGACCGAAGACACAGCUGAAGAGCGGGGUGUUUGCGUUGUCGGAUCA